CUUCCUGUUACAAGUUGGGAAGAUCUUGCAAAAUAGCUCGAUAAAUAACAAAAAUGGACAGGCGUAGAUAUAGUUGACCAUUUAAUAAAAAUGGAGGGCUUAUCAGCCACAGAAAAUCUGUUUGAAAAAUGGAUGUUGUUUUCGACAAAGAAUGAUCAAGAAAAGCUAGCUGAUUUUGUUAAUUGUUUCCAGGAAACCUACAAACAUUUAGUUGAUUUAGAAUUAACACAUCUGAAUGAUGGGUAUUCAGAGGAAGGACCACAUUUUACAGUGUUACCAGAUGGUGUGUUACAGGUGUUCAGUACCCAGUUGUCUCUGUGUAGUGAAUUAAUUGCUCAGUCAUGUGAUCUGGAUACUCUUCAUUUUGCCAGUUCUAUAAUAGAAUGUCUCAUUAUUAUUACAAGGAACUAUGACAACGUCCCGCUGGUAGCUUCAUGUGAAUUUGUAAAGUAUAUUGUAUCUAUAGCCACUACAGUAAUCUCCAAGAUUAAAGACAAUUCCUGUGAUAUUGAUGACAUCUGCAUGUUUGUCAAGCUGGUCAUUCACUUUUUUGAGUGUCUGUAUGAUCCUUACUUUAUUUGGAGGAAAAGAAUUAAAGGAUGGAGUAUGGACAAGAAUAGAAUGAAGUAUAAGCCAGCUAAUCUCCAUGUGGAAGUUGUUCCUUUCUUUUUUGAUUGUUUUGAUAGGGGCCAUUUAUCAUUUGAUUUAAGAAUACGUCUCCUACAUAUGUUUGGUGCUAUCAUGUGUGGUUCACAGAAUAAUGCAUUGAAAGUAAUAACCCCAGCUACUUUAGAAGUGUUACUCAAAAUGUUAUCAGCAGAUCAUGUGACUGGGCCAACCAAUGAAUUGCGACAUGAGUUGUUCUGUAUAAAGGAUCUGGUAUUGAAAUGUAUUAUAUGUAUGGUACAUGUCAUCAACUUAGCCAGUAUUGACCAGAGACAGGUAGAGGUGUCCCAUGUGAUGGAGGAUUAUAUAAAGAUUUUGUUAAAGAAAGAAGAUGAACCACAGGACGAACAAGAAACACACAUACAGUUAGCUAUGAUUGGUGCUAUAAAUGAAAUGUUGUCAUGUCAGGACAAAAGUUCCUUACAAGUUAUAAUGGUCAGUGGUGGAACAUUUGAUGCAUUUAUUUCCUUGCUACAGAAAACUGCUUUAACAGGCAGUGAAGGCCAGAAUUUGGCCAUGUCAGUGUUGGGAGUAAUGAACUCAGUCCUGUCAGGAUCUGUUAGUGCUAAGGAACGAUUUCAUUUAAGAGUUGGUUAUGUGAAGUUUGUGGAGGCUUUAAAAAGUCUUGGUCAGCCUUCCAUAGAUCUAUUGAAAGCAGUAUUAAAUUUAGUUGUAGAGACAGAAUUUGAUGGUACAAAACAUCUGGUUGUCCAUAAUACACAGGCUGCUAUUAUGUUACUACACUGGUUACCAGAUAUACAGUCACAUGACUUACAGAUGUGGUUGUCAGAGUCUUUAGGUACUCUAUGUGCAAAAACCUACAACAAAAUGAAUUGCUGCAGGGAUGGAAUGAUAAGUGCUAUACAACAGGUCCUAGAGAGGUCAAAACAGAUUAAUACCAAGGCUGUUGGUUAUUUGAUAGGUUUAUUAGAAUGUUUGGGUACCAAGUCAAUUACAGCAACAGAACUCAAGAAACUGAUUAGCCUUCUAAGACUUGACGAAGAAGAAAACCAGAAUCCCUACUGUAGCAGGCUAAUGAGGGCUAUGUCAACGAUGGCCAGAAGAGAGGGAAAUGAAGGGGCAUUACAUUUCUUAAGUCUACAGGAACAUAAUGAUUGUGUUAGUUUACCAGCUGGUAUCAAGAAAUGGCCAGGUGUGGCAUUCUCAUUCCAUGCUUGGUUGUGUUUAGACACAGAAGUUGACCUUACUCCACACAACAUAGCUGGUCAAACCUACAGAAGACAGCUAUACAGCUUUAUAGCCAGUGCAGGAUGUGGAUUGGAAAGUUUUGUAACUGCAGAGUUUGACAUUGUGAUAUCUGUAUUCAACAAAAAGGAGCAUUCCUCUGUUCUUGUGGAAAAUACAACCAUUGGAGAUGGACAUUGGCAUUGUAUAGACAUUGUUCAAAGUAGUUCAAGACGACCAUUUACAGUCAGUCAACUGAAUGUUUACUUUGAUGGAAAAUUAGUACAGAAUUCACAGCUUAAGUUUCCUAGCAUGACAGAUCCAUUUUCCUCAUGCUAUAUAGGAUCUCCUUGUCCAAAAUCCGCUUUAGUUUCCUUUGCUGACCAGUCAGAUUCUAACACAAAUGCAGAGGUAAAGAAAAAGUCACCAUUCAAAUUCAUCUUUCCUGGCCAAUCAAAACCUAGUACUGAACCUGGUAUCAGAACUGUUCCUACUGGUACACAGAAUGAAGAAUGGGGGUCUCCUAUAGUACUUCAUGGGCAAAUAGGAUCAGUAUGCUUAUUUCAUGAUGUGAUAACACCAGCUCAGAUUAAAGCACUUUAUACAUUAGGACCAAAUCAGAUGAACAUUUUUGAUGAUGAAGAACACACAGAAUUGAAUGAUUUAGUCAAUAAGUCUGUACUGUAUUACUCAGCAAAGGCUCACAAAGAUGGAGUAGUUGUUGAUUUGACCGGAAAUCAGCACCAUGGACAUUUAAUUGGCCAGUGUUGUGUAACAUGGGAUAUUAAGGAUGUGAUAAAUUGUAUAGGAGGAAUUCAGGUUUUGUUUCCAUUAUUGGAGCAGGUCAACAAAUCUCCUAUUCCUGAGAAUGAUGAAGUCACCACACUUUCUAGUCCUGUAACAAUUUCACCAACAGAUGAUGAUUGGCUUCUGAUACGUCCUAGUAGUUCAUAUGCUGAUUCUAAACUAGAACAGAAUCAAGCUGCAGGAUUUUUAACACUUUUAAGGCAUAUGUUACACACAAGUUCUACAAACAGGGACACUUUCACCAGAAUAAAUGCUGCAGCAACAAUUGGGGCAAUAUUACAGAAGGUGAACUCAAAGCUGAUUGAUGUACAUGUUCUAAUGUCUGCUCAGUUAUUGGUAGAUAUGGCUGCCACCACUAGUCGUACUCUUCUACAACACUUAUACCAAUACAUUUUGUUCGACUUCAGAAUCUGGAGUAAAAGUAAUUUUCCAAUACGUAUAGGACACAUCCAGUAUCUUUCUACAAUAAUAAAAGAUGACAAGAAGUACUUCAGGAAGAAGUUUGGUGUACAGUUCAUAUUGGAUGUAAUCAGAAUGUACUAUAGUUCUGUACGAGAUAGUGGUCUUUCGUCAGAAGAUUCUAAACAGAUCCGUGUAUCUUUAUUUAGCCUAGUGAAGUUUUAUAUAGCAAGGGAAGUAACUGCUGAUGAACUUUUACAUAUAAUAGGUUUCCUAGUGGUGGCCAGGGAGGAAAAUAUGAUAUGUGAGAUUUUAGAUGUAUUGAUAUCACUUUUAGAGAACCCACGUAAACAGGACCAGUUAUUUUUGUUGUUAUUUGAGGCAGACAUGGGAGAGAUGUUAUAUGGUUUGUUGGUACACCAAGGAUACUCAGUUGUUUUCUAUGAAAAAAUUGUCAAGGUUUUAUAUUUAUUGCUUAAGUCAGAUAAAGUUUAUGAAAAAAGUAAGACCCGUCUUCGGCUGGCGGAAUGUGGGCAUUUAGGAAUUGUUGGAUUGAUGCAGGGCAUUGAUAUCUCUGGGCCAAUGAUCAAAAGAUUUUUAGAACAAGUAACUUUUAAUGAUACUUCACAGAAUUAUAACUCAGUUUUAGCAGUACUACAGUUAAUAUAUACUUGUGGAUCCGAUAUUAAACUGGAAGCUACAAAACAGAUAAUUUCUCUGUUGGUUUCUAGACCCAAUGCUGCCAAAAGUUUUGCCAAACAACUAGGUUGGCAAGAAUCUCUAGUCAAACUGUUAAUCUUCAGGACAUUUGAUGACCUUCCUGUAAAUAAUAGUGAUCAUGAACUUUCAUCAAAUCCCAUUUCCCAGGUGACUGAAAGUGAAAUUACCUCAGAUUCAACUGUUGUUUGCAGUAUUGCAGAAAAAGAAAAUGAUGAUGUUGACAAUUCUCAAUGUGAAGGGGAUGUUUCUAUUGCAUGUGAUAAUGAUAAGCCAGUAAAACACCCAGAUAAUUUGAAUUUAUUUUUUGUCUGUGAUAAUGUUUCUAUACCUUCACCCAAGAGUCCAGUAACACCUAUGUAUCUUAAUCACAUUGAUGAUUUUAAUAGCAGUUCAGAAGAUCUUCGACUCAGAUCUAUGAGUCGAAGUUCAACAGCAAGUUUAGAAGAUUUGAAUUCUAGUCGUCGUUCCCAGGACCGUGACAGUAGAAUUUCAGGUUUUUCUAUAAAUGGUCCAGUAGACAUGAAUGCUUCAAUAAGUUCUAUCAGUGAUUCACGUAGAAGUUCUGGCAACCUACAGAAUGAAGAAUUACAGCAGGCACUGGAUAACUUAGGUAUUCAGUCUUACUUAAAGGACAGUGGAGAAAGACUUGAGGAAGUAUGUCAGAAUAUUAUUGUUAUCCUUCUGAUGAUAAUGACAAAAGGUGUGGAAGAAUCAAACACAGAGGCAUGGAAGGAAAGAAUUCAGGUGUUUACAUGGAUAGACAGAAUAGCUGAAAACAAUGAAUUGAUAAGACCUGCCAUAGACCUGAAACGAAGAUUGUUUGAAAUGUUAGUAGAAGCAAAUGCUACAGAAAUCAGAGAAUCAGGACAAGCAUUGGCAGGUCCAUCUGAAAAUGCCAGAGAAUUGAUCAAAUUUGUACGUUAUUUUAUGUUGACAGAACCCUCAGAUGAUAAAUUCAGUGUUACUUUGAUAGAGGAUGUUAUGUCAUUGAUGGAUAAUCUGGCUGUCUGGGAUGUAGAAUCAGAUGGAGGUUGGAAAGAAAUGGCUCGACUUGGGUUAAAUUUACUGAUACUGUAUGGUCAGUUUCCUGAUGUUGAGUUAUGUGCAGUAGCAGCUGCAAAACUUCACAUGUUGGUACAAACAAAACUCAUCUCUAGUUCAGCUGAAGCAUCAUACCUGAUUGGAAAUUUGAACAACACUAUACAACAGGCAGUGAAAGAAAAGACGGACAACUAUUCCUUCCUAAUCACAGUGAUGAAGGCCUUAAUAGAGAAAGCUCAUACAUUAUUAUCACUGGAUAUGCAGCUACCAAAUUUGCCUACACUGUCCAGAAGUCCAACAUUUUUCGAUGAUUUUAAAACUUACUGUUUCUCUGAAGAAUGGAAAAUUUUUAUGGAAAACUAUGUAACACCACAAAUGGAACACUUUACAGAAAGUGCCUUCAAUGAAGUAGAUCAAGCUACAAAAGAUUUCUGGUCAGAUUGUAAAGAGGCCAUGAUGGUGAACCUUCACAAACGUAAUAGGGAGCGAGGGGAAAGUAAAUUAAAAUUUCAGGGUCAGAUAUUUGAUGUAUAUAAGAACAAGGCUAUCAAUGAAGAAAGACGAUUCCAAAAUGUUGCCAUUCACAUGAAGAAUCAAUAUUCAUCUACAGUUAGACAGUGGAGAGCAAGUAAACGAUUUUUUACAGGAGAAACUGGUGCCUGGGCUGAAAGGAGUCAGGGAGCACUUCAAUGGAAGAUGUCUAACCAAGAAAACUUCACCAGGAUGAGAGUAAAACUAAUACCUAAUUAUAAUUUUGACCUGCAUGUUGAAGCCAGCAGACAGAGAGAUAAUAUAGGUGUUAAUGACUUAGAUCCAUCAGAUCAUCUUAAACAGUUAACUGUAACCAAAGAAGCCUUGGUUUCCAAGGAAAACAUUGCUGAUGACAUCAUAGGAGAUGAAGAAUGGACUACAGUUAAUCCAGAUGGAACUGAUGGUCCUAAUGAUAAAGAAAAGUUAGUGUUGUCUGAAGAAUGUCAAUUGAUUACUAUGGUGAAUGUAUACCAAGGUCGACUAGAGGUCACCACAACUCAUGUUUAUUUCUUUGAUUGCAGUACAAACAAAGAAGAAGGUGGAGAAGACUUCAAAUGGGCGUUGUCUCAGUUGAGAGAAAUACACUUUAGACGCUACAACUUACGCAGAAGUGCAUUAGAAUUGUUUCUGAUUGAUCAGACUAAUUAUUUUCUUAACUUCCAGAAGAAGGUGAGGAACAAAGUUUACAGUCGUAUUUUAAGUUUGCGACCACCAAACUUGAUUUACUUUGGCUCAAGAUCCCCAGCAGAAUUACUGAAGUCAUCAGGACUUUCUCAGAAAUGGGUACAUAGAGAGAUAACAAACUUUGAAUAUCUGAUGCAAUUAAACACAAUAGCAGGCAGAACUUACAAUGAUCUUAGUCAGUAUCCUGUGUUUCCAUGGAUAAUAAGUGAUUAUGAGUCUGACUCAUUAAAUCUCAACAGUUGUACUGUAUACAGAGAUCUGUCCAAACCAAUUGGUGCUGUUAAUCCUAAAAAUGGAGAAAUACUCAGAGAAAAAUUUGAAACAUUUGAAGAUCCCUCAGGAGUGAUAGAGAAGUUCCAUUAUGGUACACAUUACUCUAAUGCAGCAGGUGUCAUGCACUAUCUUAUCAGAAUGGAGCCUUUUACUGCUCUACAUAUUGAACUACAGGGUGACAGGUUUGAUGUAACAGAUAGGCAGUUCCACUCAGUGCCUGGUACAUGGAAAAUGCUGAUGGAAAACCCAAAUGAUGUCAAGGAACUGAUUCCUGAGUUCUUUUACUUACCUGAAUUUCUAGUCAAUGAAAAUGGAUUUGACCUUGGUAAACUUCAGAUCACAAGAGAACAAGUCAAUGAUGUUAAACUGCCAAAGUGGGCUGAGUCUCCAGAAGAUUUUGUACAUAAAAAUAUGUUAGCUUUGGAAUCAGAGUAUGUCUCAGAAAACCUCCAUAAUUGGAUUGACCUGAUAUUUGGUUACAAACAAAAAGGACCAGCUGCUGCGGAAGCUUUAAAUGUUUUCUAUUACUGUACAUAUGAAGGCGCUGUAGACCUAGAUGCCAUUACAAAUGAACAUGACAGAAAAGCUUUAGAGGGAAUGAUUAAUAACUUUGGACAGACACCAACACAGUUAAUGAAGGAGCCUCAUCCCAGAAGAAUGACACUGGACGAAAUAGUAGCUAGGUCUAUAAAGAUUGAUAGGCCAUUAAGUAUCUUUCAGUUUAUCAACAAUCUAAAGGUGUAUUUUGUGACAAUAACUCAGGAUACAGAUCCAUUAGCCUAUGUAAUUGUCCCAAGAAGUCAAGCUAGAUCCAUUAUACAGCAUGGAAUGCCUGAUUCUAUGGUAACAGUUUCAGAAGAUGGAAAGAUUGGUAUGCAUGGAUGGUUGCCAUAUGACAAAACCAUUUCUAACUAUUUCCUGUUUGAGAAAGACCCUUCAAUUACCACAAACAAGUGUAAAAGAAGACUAAAUGUACCAUUUGCUCCAGGUAUUAAAGUUGAGCCUAAAUUGUUUGUUGUAUCCCAUGAUGCAAAGUUAUUGAUUAGUGGUGGACACUGGGAUAACAGUCUACAAGUUUAUCAUCUUGGGAAAGUUAAGAAGAUAAACCAUAUUGUCAGGCAUAUUGACAUUGUAACAUGUGUGGCAUUAGACUACUGUGGCAGCCAUCUGGUGACAGGGUCACGUGACACAACAUGUAUUAUCUGGCAAAUACAGCAACAGGGUGGAUUCAGUGUGAACAUUAACAACAGACCACUACAAACAUUGUAUGGACAUGAAGGGGAAGUAACUGCUGUGUACAUUUCUACAGAACUUGAUAUGGUAGCUUCAGCAUCCAGGGAUGGAACAGUUAUUUUACAUACAGUUAGAAGGGGUCACUACAUGAGAACACUGCACCCUCCUUGUGCCAUGGGAUAUACUUUACACAUACCAUUGCUAGCUGUGGAUGAGAUGGGAAGGAUUAUUCUCUAUUGCCAUGAGAAGUUCCCUAUUGAUCCAAAGGAGAGAUAUUCUUUACAUUUAUACUCCAUUAAUGGGAAGCACUUGUUUACUGAAAAAUUGGUGUAUGGAUUGUGUCACAUGAUAAUUAAGGGAGAUCAUGUGAUAACAGGAGACAUUCAGGGCCACCUUACAAUUAAGGAAAUAUUUGGACUAAGAACAGUCAAUAUGUUUCCACUCCAUGUGCCUAUUCAUUGUUUAUCAGUAACCAAUAGCAACAGUCACAUCUUGGCUGGAAUCCGAGAUGGCAAGCUAAUCAUUAUUGGUGUGAAAAAUAGAACUGAUGCAAGAUGACAUUGAAUUUGUUAUUUGAAAAGAAUUACUCAAUCAACAUAGAAAUCCACAAGGUUGCCCAUACCAAACGAAAAAAGAUGGUGGUUACAUUACUUAUUAGGAACUAUUUAUAAGUGAGAUUUUAAGAAACAAAAUAGAUUAAAAGAUGAAUGAAAUUUGGAUUUAAAAGUUCAGCAUUUAUCAUUAGAAUGAAAAUAGGUUAAUGGUAUCUGCAAUAUGUUUGAUGGAAAAUGUGUAUAAUAAAUUGUUUUUAUUUGCAAUGAAUUAUAUCCAUAUAUAUAUAGUCAUUUAACCCUGAAAAGUGUUUGUAAUUGUAUGUUUUAAUCAUUUGUUAAUCCUCUUAUUGAUAUUGCUAUAAAAAUGAACAUAACUUUAGAUCAGUAUAACUUUUGUUUUGAUGACAAAUUCAACAAUUGAUAGUCAUUGUUGAGACAUUUCUGGAAAUUUCAAAUGUUGUCUUUUAUUUUGAAAAUUUUACAUGAAUUGCUAAGAAUAACAAUAACAGUACUGUGCUUAAAGACUUGCCUCUGCCAAUGGUGGAUUUGAUUGGCACAAUUGUAUCUCUCUAAAUAUAUAUGUUACAGGAAAUCAGUGUAAUCAGGGAUCUCAAGUAAUUCCUAAAAAUUAGGGAUUACAUGUAAUUCAAGCAGUGUAGUAAUUACAUGUUAUCCCUAGAUAUUGGUAGGGAUUUCAUGUAUCCCUAGAAUUUUACCUAAAAUUACACAUAUUCCCCUAAUAUUACUAUUAAACUAUGCAUGGUUAUAUUUUGGAAUGAUAUGCUCUCAAAUGAGAAUAAAUUAUCUAAUAUUUUAUAUAGACUUAUGUUACAACUUCACCAGAGUAAACCCAAACAUUUUAAAUGGGUUGCAUACAUCAAAUCCAUUCUUGAUAAAAGUGGUCUUACUUUUAUAUGGAAUGAUCAGAUACCUAUGAAUAGGGAAAUGUUGAAAUCUCUUGUCAAACAAAAACUUGUUGAUCAGUUUAUACAACAAUGGUUUUCUGUAAUUAAUAAUUCUUCAAGAGGAGAAUUCUAUGGUAAAUUCAAAAAUAUAUUUGAAUUAGAACCCUAUCUACUACGAUUGGGAAAUACUGAUAGAUUGUAUAUGGCUAAAUUUAGAUGCUCAAAUCUUAAAUUCCCAAUUGAAACGGGAAGAUGGAAAAAUAUUUUAAAAGAAAAUAGGAUAUGUAAUCAAAAUAUUGGCGACAAAUAUCAUUAUAUGUGUGUUUGUUCACAUCCUAGUGUGUCACUUCUUAGACAAAAUCUUGUACCUAAUUAUUACUUACAAUAUCCUUCAAGGCAGAAAUUAAUCGGUUUACUUUCAUUGUGUAACAUAAAGGUGUAUAGGAAAGUAUGUACUUUUCUUAGAAAGAUUACUUAUUUGUUGUAGAUACAAUUUUUAUACAUUACAUAUAUAUUUAGGUACUCACAAUCACUGAAUAAAUAGGAAGAUAUCUGUACAAAUGUAAUCCUUUAAACUUAAUAGGUAAUAUAUAAUGUAUAUAUCUCAAUGUCAUGAAAAUCACGUGCUAUUAUACAUUACUCUGCUGUCGAAUUUAUGUGUAUACUUUAUCAUGUUUUGACCUUUGUACACGUUUGUGUCUGAGGAAAUAAAAUAAUUUGUCUUGUCUUGUCUUGGCAGAAUCUAAAGCGAAAAGCUAACCCUUGUCUUGAUGUUUUUAUCUCAUUAAUCUAGACAAUGUUGGAAAUAAAAACAGUUAUAAAAUGUUUCUCAUGAACAGUUUUUAUUAAUUUUGGGUAACCGCUUAACUGGUGAUCAGUAAUUAAGGUAGCAUCUUGUAUGUACAUGUGAGUAGUGUUCAUUAACCUAAUUGUGAACCUAAAACUAGAUUGUUAUUCCCCUGGGUUUAUCAGAUUUUCUGUGGUGUCAUGUAGUUUGGGGGACAGAAUAUUUAUUUUCAUCCUGCCAGGGGCAAAGUUAUUUAUUUUCAGUUAUUGCUGUGGUUGUCGAUGUCCGUUGUCUUUGACUUUACAAAAAUCAUCUCCUCUCAAACUACUUGGCUAAAUUUAACCAAUCUUGGCCACAAUCAUCAUUUGGGGUAUCUAGUUUAAAAACUCUGUCUGGUAACCCUACCUGCCAACCAACAUGGCCGACAUUGCUUAAAAUAGAACAUAGUGGAAAAAUACAAAUUUUGUCUUUUAUCAUGAAAGCCAUUACAAAUAGAGAAAAUCUGAUGUGACAGAAAUGUUCACAAUGUUGAGAUCUACACCUAUUGUUCACUUACAUAAAAACUGUCAGACGACUUAUAGGAGUUAUUGUCCUUAAAUGACAAAUUUUACGAAAUUUAUUUAUUUUUACCUAUUAUCUUUAAAACCAUAAUACAUAGAGAGAAACUUAAAAUAACAAAAAUUAUCAGCAAGACCAAACUUACAAAUAAGUCAGCAUGAUCAGUUGACUCUUUAUAGGAGGGAUUGCCUUUAAAUGAUGAUUUUUUUUUAACCUUUUUUGUUUUGGGCAAAAAUUAAUGAAGAUGGAUUAAAAAUGUAAACAGAAAAAAUGAUCAGCAAUACAAGAUCAACAAAAAAGAGUUUUUUCAUGAAUUCUAUUCUAUUCUACAAUGUUAGAGAGUGUCCAUUGUUGAAGAUGCACAUAGACCUCGAUGAGCAACACAGGCUCUUUAGGGCCUCUAGUUUUUUGCAGGAAUUACAUAUAAUCACUGGAAUGUUAAGGAUGGGAUUACAAGAAAUCCCCAAAAUGACUAGGAAUUGCAUGUAAUCCCUUGUUACGCUUAUUUACUGUAACAUAUAUAUAAAAAAGAUUCUACCAAUAUUAUUUUUAUUGUAUUAUCUUUUUCUUGCUUUAAACAAAACUAUAGUACAAUAGGAUAAUUUAUUCUUGUACUGUCGGAUAGAAUUUUGAUUUUGUUUACGUCAAACAUUUAAAGAUAGACCACUUUGUCAUGGAGUAGAAGUUGCAAAAGUUAUAAAAGUUACAAAGGUAAGGAAUUCAUUACAAAUGUGAUGACUGGGAAAAACUUAAAUCAUAUUUUUCAACAAUCUAAGUUGAUUUCAGUUAGAAUUCAAAUAGAAUUUAUCAUACAGUGUAUUGAUAUUCCACUAAUAGGAGAUUUCUAGUUAUCAGCAGCAAUAUUAUAAUGAAAUCUUGACAAUGUUUCCUUUAAUACAUGUAUAACAGUACUUUUUAAGUUAAAAUGAAAUUGGCAUUCCCAUAGGCAUUAUUCAGUCUUUUGUUGAACAAUAAAUGAAGCUACAUAUGCCUCAGAAGAUGGUCAGAUUGUAAAUACAUAUCAUAUUUAUAGAACUCUCAACUGACUUUUAAUAGUCAAUAUUGUUUUCAUUUUUAUUUUUGUCUUGCGUUAUUUACAUUUAUGCCUGGUUACUAGUUACCUCAAUAUUUCUUUCUGAUUUUAUAAUUUAAUGUUAGUGGUAUGCUUUUCAAAAUUUCAGAAGGCUUCUUGUAUAAAAUCAGUCAUCUUUAUAAUUCUGAAUUGAUGAGAACAAAAUUUGAAAAUAUUGAAAUUGAGUUCUGUUUUUCUGAUUUGCCUGAAUUAGUUCAGUGCUCUAUUUAAACAAAUGAAGACACAUUUUAUUCUCAACUCUGUUACAUUAUCUGUAUCUACUAUGUCUCAUUAAGUAGCUUUAUGUUUGAAUAAUAUUAGACAUGUGGAUUUAGGCAGUUUGGUUGGUAUCUAAAUCUUCUCCUGACAUUAGACCUCAAAGAUUAGACCUUAUUUCAAUAUAAGUUGCCAAAAAAUAAAUUGUAAUUAAUAAAAAUGUACUUAUGCUUGUUUUGAAAAUAUGUAUACUGUUUAUUAAGUAUAUGUGAAUUGAUAUGUUAAUGUCAAAUGUUAGUUGUUUGACACAGUAAUAAACUUUUUAUGAGCUUUUGUCACAUCAAAUAUAAUAAUACCAAAUUCGGUUCCUAAUGGGGAAAAUCUUCAUUUUUGAAAUCCAGCUUUUUGAGUUUCUGUAUUUGGUCAAUGAAACAUUUUAAGGUUUAGCUGUUCCUUAGACAGGGUUCAUUAGUUUAAAUAUAUUUUAUUUGCUUAAAUAUGCAAAAGGGAUGAGACACAAGUUAAUCAAACUUAUAAAGUCUUCUCCCAAACAGGGUUCAUUUGACCUCCAUCACAUUUUCAUAAAUCAAUGAUCAACAAUUUUUUUGUGCUUAAGGGGAGUUGGUAUCGUCUCUGGGAAUACACAGUUAUCAUGAUAAUAAAUGAGCUAUGUCCUGUUGUUAUUAGUUUUAUGGUCUCGACUGUGACAAAAGUCUCAAAAUGCGAGACAGUGGCAGCGUCAACUUUUUCUAUAAAGCUUUAUAUUUCAGACGGUAGAAGACUGAAUGUUUCAUACCUUGUAUGCAUGUACCUUAUGUUCAUAAGUUUCUGUCUGUCAUAUGUCUAUAGUCCUUGACCUCAUAUUCUUGGUUCAGCGACUGCUUGAAAAAAAAAAAUUUUUUGUCAUGAAUUUCUCACUUAUUAUGAGUAAUAGGAUAACUUUAUUUGGUACAUGAGUUCUUUGCAAUGUCUACAUGUCUGUCAGACAGGGUUCACCUGACCCCGACCUCAUUUCAUGGACCAGUGAUCAAGGUUAAAGUUAACUGAUUAGGUCUAUUUCUUAGGUUAACUAUAUGUGGUGUAUGGAAUGAUAGUAAGGGGUACAUGUUAGCCUGGUAGGUUUCAUCUGACCUUGACUUCAUUUUAAUGGUUCUUUGAUCAAUGUAAAGUUUCUGUAGUUUUGUCCUCUUAGAUACUUUAAGUAAUAGGUCAACUUUAUUUGGUGUAUGGAAUGAUUGUAAGGUUUACAUGUCUGUCUGUUUGUGUCAUGUAUCAUCUGACCUUCACCUCAUUUUCAUGGUUCAUUGGUCAAUGUUAAGAUUUAAUGGUUUGGUUUGUUUCUUUGAUACUAUAAGCAAAAGGUCAACUGUAUUUGGUGUAUGUAUUGAAUGUAAUUUGUACAUGUCUGUCUACCAGGGUUUAUCUUGCCUUGACCUUAUUGUUAUUGAUCUGUGAUAAUGUUGAGUAUAUGUGAUACUUGUAGUAAAACCUUUAUUUUUAAGACUGUCAACAUUAAAUCAAUCAUGGUUAGUAAAGCAGGGCAGACAUAUCAAGUGUGCACUCUUGUUAAUGAUGACAUCGUAAUAACAGAAUUGAAUCACAGAACAGAGAAUCUGAAUAAUAACGUAGAUUGCAAAUGUACUCCAACAAAGGAGUUACAAAAGAACUGUUGUCGUUUUUAAAUGAAUUUGUGGAAAAUUAUUGGUUUUUGUAAGAGUUAUUUCCUAUUUUUUAACUCCUUUUGAAAUUUGGAGGGAGAUGUCAUUAAAGUAUUCCGAAUGUUGGAAACUAUUUUCUGGCAAAAUGUAAGGAGGCAAUUGGGAAAACAUGAUUUCAAUAGCAAAUUUGAAGUAUUUUCUAAAAUAAGUACAAUGUACUGGUACUGUAACACAUACUUUUUUAAUUUUUUUUUCAAAAUGCACAAUGUAAGCUCAUACACAAAUAUUGCAAAAAAUAACAAUACAAGAACCUUGUACAGCAGUUCAGUGAAGGUCAGCAAAUUUAACAUAUUUUGGCAUGUACCGUAAUGAGAAAUUCAAUCAAGGUUUUAAAUUAAACAGUGUACUACUGACAUUUAGUUCUUUUUUUACCUAAUGCAUAUAUUAUCAGAGCUUUGAAAUAAAAACUAUUUUAUUGCCGAAAAUACCAGUUUUAGAACAUUUUAAAGUUUCCAAUUUUGAGCCUCAUUUUUCUUGAAAAAAGCAAACAUAACCUAUGCUUUAUUUUACCAUUUUUCCAAGAUCACUUUUCAAUCUAUAACAUAUAUCUCAAAAUCACAAAAAUGACAAUGUAAAGAGAAACUGUAUCGACUCCCCUUAAGUGAGUUUCUUGUUUACUACAAGUUAUAGAUAACUCUAUUUUGUUUGUAGAAUCAUUGUAAAGUGUACAUGUCAAUCUAACAGGAUUCAUGUGACAAAGACCUCAUUUUUAUGGCCUCAUAUAGCAAAGUUAACUUUUCAUGUUACUUUUUUUUACUGAUGUAUGAAGUAAGACAAUGAUAUCAAAGACUAUCAUCAUAUUGUUCUGUCAUUAUAAAAAAAAAACAGGUGUGAUAUUUUAGCUUGUCCUUACUUUGGAUUUUUUUGAUUCAACAAUUAUACUUGAAUUAUGGGGGCAUUAGCUGUCAAAUUCAUGUUCACCAAUUUGACCCAAAUUUUUAUAUUUGAUGUCAGGUUAUAUGACCGUUGGCAGUCUUCGGAGGUCAUCUCGACAGAUAAUUAGAUGGUGUCUAGUCUAAAAUAACCACCGAAUGCUGAUACAUUAUAGCGUUCCCAUGCAUUGUUAAUUGUUUCUUUUGGACUUUUUGUAAUUUUGAUAUAUGUUUUAGUACGUUAUUAAUAAAAUAUGAGAAUUUUUUCAAACCAAUGUACAUGAAUUUGACAGAUAAAGCCCCUUUAAAUGAACCUUUAUAUUUUUAGGAUGUUUGUUAUAAUGUUUAGAUAAUCAUAUUAUAUUUGAAGCAGAUAUUUUCACAUUUUCGCAAUAGUUGAUAUGUUGUUUUCCAAAACAAAGUAAUGGGACAUUUGUAGAAAAAAACAAUUUGUUUUAUUAAAGUCUGGGAUGAAGUUGAACUCGGCUUAUGAUUCAAUGAAUGCCAUCUUGUUGUCAGGGCAUUCUUCUGUUUCAUGUCAACAUUUCUGUUUCUAGGGUGAAAAUUUGGCAAAAUUUUAAUCUCCAGAACCAUGUUAAAACUUUAUGAAACUGGGUUUAAAAUGCCCCACUGGAUAAGAAACAAUCCUUUAGAUUAUAAGUAAUUAAGAUACUUAAUAGAUAUUGGGUCAGUAGAUCAAAGGACAAUGUCACAAUAACUAUUAUCCAUCUUUUAACAUAGUGUCCACACUUAACAGAAUUUAAAGUCUUCAUCAAGAAAGCAAAAAAACAAAAUAGUACCCAUCUGAUAACUACUAAUCCAUUCAUCAGGAGUAAAUAAUAAAGUCUAUUUACUGAGGGGAAAACCAUUUGAUAUCCUGGAGGUGGGGUGGGGUUUUAGAAAAAAAAACCUUGGCCAAGAUAGGAUGUAAAAAAUGAAUAUUCUGCCCUACAAAAUGCAGGAAAGGAUUGUGUACAAUAAAAUAAGGUGAAGUAGCAAUAGAUGGAAAGAGAAAUUCUGUCUGCAAAAAACUAUCCUCCUGCAUACCCCUCCCUGGAAAAUCUUAUGGUUGACCACCUAUAUGUCCAGAAGGAUGACAUUUAUAGAUGGAAAUACAAAUAAUAUCAAUUAAUAAAUAUUUAAAAUGAAUGUUUUUUAAACCUUGUCCAUCCUUUUUAUUAUAUGACCGCAAAAAAAAUUUUUGGGUGCGUAUAAUGCUAUGAUGUUGUCGUCAGCGCCGUCGUCCUCGUUGUCGUCCGAAGACACAUUUGGUUUCCAGACAAUAACUUUAGUUUAAGUGAAUUGAUCUCUAUGAAAUUUUACAAGAAGGUUCAUUACCUCAAAAGGAAGGUUGGGAUUAAUUUUGGGGGUUAUGGUAACAACAGUUUAGGAAUUAGGGGCCAAAAACAAGCAUUUUUGUAGUUUCCGGACAAUAACUUGUGUGUAAGUGUGUGGAUCUCACUGAAAUUGUACCACAAGGUUCCAUAUCACAAAGGGAAGGCUGGGAUUGAGUUUGGGGGUAAUUGCCCCAAACAUGCAUGAAUUAAGGGCAAAAAAGGGGCCUAAAACAACCAUUUUUAGCUCACCUGGCCCAAAGGGCCAAGUGAGCUUUUCUCAUCACUUGGCGUCCGUCGUCCGUAAACUUUUACAAAAAUCUUCUCCUCUGAAACUACUGGGCCAAAUUUGCCCAAACUUGGCCACAAUCAUCAUUGGGGUAUCUAGUUUAAAAAAUGUGUCCGGUGACUCGGCCAACCAACCAAGAUGGCCGCCAUGGCUAAAAAUAGAACAUAGGGGUAAAAUGUAGAUUUUGGCUUAUAUCUCUGAAACCAAAGCAUUUAGAGCAAAUCUGACAUGGGGUAAAAUUGUUUAUCAGGUCAAGAUCUAUCUGCCCUGAAAUUUUCAGAUGAAUCUGACAACCGUUGUUGGGUUGCUGCCCCUGAAUUGGUAAUUUUAAGGAAAUAUUGCUGUUUUUGGUUAUUAUCUUGAAUAUUAUUAUAGAUAGAGAUAAACUGUAACAGCAAUAAUGUUCAGCAAAGUAAGAUCUACAUAUAAGUCAACUUGACCAAAAUGGUCAGUUGACCCCUUAAGGAGUUAUUGCCCUUUAUAGUCAAUUUUUAACCAUUUUUUGUAAAUUUUUGUAAUCUUUUACAAAAAUCUUCUCCUCUGAAACUACUAAGACAAAUUUAACCAAACUUGUCCACAAUCAUCAUUAGGGUAUCUAGUUUAAAAAAUGUGUCCGAUGACCCCGCCCGCGAACCAAGAUGGCCGACCGGGCUAAAAAAUAGUACAUAGGGUAAAAUGCAGUUUUUGGCUCAUAUUUCUGAAACCAAAGCAUUUAGAGCAAAUCUGACAAGGAUAGAAUUGUGUAUUAGGUCAAGAUCUGCCCUGAAAUUAUCAGACCAAUCAGGCAACACGUUGUUGGGUUUCUGCCCCUGAAUUGGUAAUUUUAAGAAAAUUUUGCAGCUUUUGGUUAUUAUCUUGAAUAUUAUUAUAGAUAGAGAUAAACUGUAAACAGCAAUAAUGUACAGCAAAGUAAGAUCUACAAAUAAGUCAACAUGACCAAAAUUGUCAAUUGACCCCUUAAGGAGUUAUUGCCUUUUAUAGUCAUUUUUUUACAAUUUUCAUAAAUUGUGUAAAUUUUUGUAAAUUUUUACAAAAUAUUAUCUACUGUAACUACUGGGCCAAGUUCAUUAUAGAUAGGGAUAAUUGUAAGCAGCAAGAAUGUUCAGUAAAGUAAGAUCUACAAACACAUCAACAUCACUAAAACACAAUUUUGUCAUGAAUCCAUCUGUGUCCUUUGUUUAAUAUGCACAUAGACCAAGGUGAGCGACACAGGCUCUUUAGAGCCUCUAGUUCUAGUUUCCAAACAAUAACUUGUGUUUAAGUGUAUGGAUCUCUCUAAAAUUGUACUACAAGGUUCCAUACCUCAAAGGAAAGUCUGGGAUUGAGUUUGGGGGUAAUUACUCCAAGGGGGGUCAAACAGAUUGGGGGGGGGGGAUUUGUUUUUCCCAAUUUUUUUUCUUCAAAAUUUUUGAAAUUUCAAAUUUUUUGUAAAGUUUCAAGAAGAAAUCUUCAAUUGAAAGUAUUGCGCAAACGCACAGUAUUGCGCAAUAGAUUUUUAAGUUCUUUGACAACAUUUAUUUUGUGUCAGAAACCUAUAUUAUGUCAAAAUUUUUAUCACAAUCCAAAUUCAGACAGUAUCAAGCUUGAAUAUUGUGUCCAAACUUGCCCCAACUGUUCAGGGAUCGACCUCUGCGGUCGUAUCAGGCUGCGCUCAGCGAAGCAUUUUAUUUUAUUUAAUUGUACAUUGAGAAGUUACUACUGUACACUCAACUAUUAUCUGAAAUUUAUUUUGCCAGAAAUGCAUUACAUAAGUGAUAAUAAAACAGAACAUGGCUGAGAUUAUACCAAGUGCAAUAAUUGUUUAUGAUAAUAUGUUUUUGUAUCUAGAUUUUUAUUUUGCUUUUCUUUCUGUUAUAUUUUUGUUACAGUAGCAAUCAUGUACCAUUGCUGUUUCUUAUGGAAAUAAAUCUUAUUUUUAUGCUA